AUGCGGUCCAUUGCUGCUGAGAUGAACGGAAACCAUCCUUUACAAAGCCGACUUGAGAAAUGGAAUGAGACCCAGCUCGAGUUCAAGCUCGACGGGUACAGACGAACAUACGGAGCUGGCGAGCCCAUUCGUCGGGCUAUGGAGUUGCAAAUUGUUAAAGAUACUUCUGUUCUGCCCAAAAUCGUCACUGGCCCGUCACGACCAUUGCAUCUCGACAUUCUCGAGGGCAGAGACGACGCUGUCGACUGGGAUGAGGUGUACACCGGACCCGAGUCCACUCUCGAUUUCCACUCGGAGCUCGAAAAACGCAUGAAUGUGUAA